AUGGAGCCCACAGCCUCCGGUGUGUUUUGUAGCAGGAUGCUGAGUAUGGUGAACUCUGAAGACGUCAACGCCAUCAUCCAGGCCCAGAGACACAUGCUUGACCGCUUUGAGAAAACCAAUGAAAUGCUGAUCAACUUUAAUGGGCUGUCCAGUGUACGACUGCAGCAGAUGAAUGAGCGUUAUCUGCUGCACACUCGCACACUUGUGGAGAUGAAGAAGGAUCUGGACAACAUCUUCAGGAGGAUCAGAACAUUAAAAGGGAAGAUUGCUAAGCAGUAUCCUGAAGCUUUCAGCAUUAUCCACGAGUCUCCCAUCCUGGAGGAUGAUGAUGAUGAGUUUGACCCAGUUCCCCCUAGUUUUGCUACAACAACCACGACAGCUACGUCGGAGCAGAGCACAGAGUCCUGCGACACAAGUCCAGAUGUGAUUUCGCCCACUGUUAGCCGAUACUCUGAAGAUCUUUCUCAGGAGCUGCCUGACACGCCCGCCUCAGAUUUCCCAGAGACAGCCGUCCUUCGGGAUGAAGGCCCUGACUCUGUACCUGCAGAGUAGAGUGGACAGUGUGUGGAUGGACUCCAAUUCUUAAACCUCAACUUGAAUAUGGAAGUUAUAUUUCAUAUUUGUGCCUACAAUAAUCACUAACCUGUCAGGUUAAUCUGUUUGUUAGAGCAAUUCUAACCUAAAUCCUGCAAGUGAAAAUGAACUGUCUAUGAAGACGACUGAUCGUUGGUAUGUUUGCAUGUCUUAUGUCUGCACAGCACUAAAAUAAUGCAUGCAGUACCUGAAGUUGUUUUAAACGGUCAUAGUACUGACAGUAAAGUUGAUCAAAGUGUCUACUGA